AGAUUCAUAGUCUCUUAUCUUUAUUUUCUGAUUAUCUGUGGUUUUAUAGCGAAAAAGUCCAAGUUGAUUCCGGAUCUGAAGUUAAAAACUUACGUUUUUAUUUAUUUAUUUAAUAUUUUAUUAUUAUAAUCCUCGACUGUAUUAAAAUUUCUAUUAAGAACUAUGAGCGGUGAAGGUAUAUCCCCUGAGGAGGUGGAGGCACUGUGCCGGACCCCUGAUGCUAUUACUAAGGACUUCAUGUUCCAACAAACAAUGUAUCGAAUUAAAGAUCCACGGAAAUCCAUUCCAUUCUACACCGGUGUCCUGGGUAUGACCUUACUGAAUCAGCUCCAUUUUCCUGAAAUGAAGUUCUCCUUAUUCUUCAUGGGCUAUGAGAAUCCGGCUGAAGUGCCAUCCGACAAACUCACAAGGAGAAUGUGGGCCAUGACGAAGAAGGCAACUCUGGAACUGACAUACAAUUGGGGCACGGAGAGCGACGACUCCAGCUACCACAACGGCAACUCGGACCCGAGAGGCUUCGGCCACAUUGGUAUCCUGGUGCCUGAUGUAGAAGCCGCGUGUGCUCGGUUUGAACAAUUAGGAGUGAAAUUCAUCAAGCGACCACAAGACGGCAAGAUGAAGGGGCUGGCCUUCAUUCAGGAUCCAGACGGUUACUGGAUCGAGAUCUUCGGCUGUAACGUCGUGUCCUAAAUGCCGAUAUGUAGGGUAAGAGUACCAAAUUUUGACACCAGUAGAUAUUAUGUUGCAGUUGGAAAAUACUCCUUUCCUAUUUUAAAUAGUUGACAUUAAUUUUCUAAUGUUUUUUUUUUUUUUUAAAGAACACUUAUUGAAUGAAUUCAAUUAAUUUGUCAUGCAUUUUAAACUGUUUUAGAGAUUGAGUUAAUAAGAAAGAUGCAUAUUUGCUAUAAAAAUUGUCAUUUCUUUUUUUAAAUCGAACUAUUUAUUUAUUUCAUAUAUAAUUAUUUCGAUAGAAAUAUAUAAAAAUGCUUUAUUAAAUAUACCAAGAGUAAAAAAGAGUGAUUAUAUUGGUAAAAGCAAGACUUGAUUUUGUUAUCUUUGAUUUAAGAGAUUUUUUUUACGGAUGUAAUAAAUUUCAGUUCUAGUCCAGCAUUUUAAUGACAGUUUCUGUUAUGAAUUUGACUGUAUAUUUUUUUUUAUGAAAUCUUUUACAAUACCUACAGGCGAGCCUACAGUCUCCCAAAUUGGUUUAAUAAGGCUGUUUUCUAUUAAAAUGAAAUUAUUCGAGUAAUUAAAUUUAAAUGCAAUAUUUUUUAAAUCCUAACUUGUAGGAUUCACAGUGAAGACAAUGUAGGUAUGAUGAGAUUUUUCAAUUAUAUAUAUAUAAGGUGUUACCAAAUUAUCUGCAUUCCCUUUAAAGGGAUAUAGUAUUACGUAUAUACGUUACAAUAAUGAUAGAAUUUCGUGUCUCAAAUGUCAUAACAUUUUUCAUACAAAAAAAAAAAUCCUUAAUGUAAAUCUUUCAACCUGUGUAAAAAGAGUCUUAAAAAACGUUACGCUAAAACUGUCGGAGUGAUCGCGACCAACAAUGUGAUAGGGAAAAGUAUAGUUAUUAGGACGGUUUUACAAGUAAUGAAGAAAUUUAAAUAUAUAU